AUGCGCAGAGGGGUUCUGCUGCACAAGCUCUUCUUGGCCCUCUGGCGUGGCUUCUGGCUCUUUCCACCCUAUCCCAUCUACUCCUGGUGGCUCUCUGUUGGUGGAAUGCUUCUGGACGCAUCAUGGUCGAUUCAUAACGUCAUAGCCUGGAUGAAGGUUGCACCAUUCCUCCCGCAUCGGACCAGUCAGGCCUUCAUUUGGACGCUUAUCCUUGCCCAACCCUUCUGGAUCAUGGAGAUAUACGCAAAUUUCGCCUAUUUUCACGGAUGGAAUGACCUUUUCCUCAAAACAAGACCCUGGGAAGCGCUAUGUCGAGAUCCUUGGUGGAUAAUCUCAAGCUCAGUCCUCUUCUGGAAGAUCAAGAUGCAGUACGACAUGAGGCUGAAAGAGAUUGUUGUCAUUUCUCCACGAUUCGGAAUCAUGAUGCUCGCUGCGAUUCUGAGCGUUAUUUUCUUUAUCCUCGACAUCAUCUCCGCGACGAACACACUCGAUCUUGGACUUCCGAGCGGCAUCAACCCAUUCUGGAAGGUCUCGUCCGUGUUCAAAUGCCUCAUGGACUGUGUUGUACUGGACGACUUCAAGACCGCAAUGGAUCGACUGCGCGCUUACAAGAUCAGUCACCUCGGGAGCUUUGCGCAGGAUACGAACUCUACCCGUAUAGAUUACGCCGGCGACCUCGUUCGAACAUGGGAGGAGGUAGCAGCUGACGCGCAGCGGCGUUCAGAAGCCAUCAGCUUCGGAGGUGGUGCAUUGGUCGGAAACAAUCACCCCACUGAGGCCGAGCCAGGUAGGGGGACUCUCGAGCAUAGGUAUCCCAGCCAGGUGCACACGAUAGUGCCUUCAUCACCUGACUCUGAACCCUCAAGUUUUGGAAAUGGAACAUUCAGCGAAAUAUUCUAUCAUGAGGAUAUGAAUCUAGACCCACUAGAAGAUGACCCGACGCAGAGGCCGAAACCCGCACACGUGAAUUAA